AGAGCAUGACUGGUAUUAGUAUCUCUUCCGGUUUGGAUCAACUCGUUGUCAUUCACCUGAACGACGGCAACGAUUUUCUCUUCUCGUUAGUAAACCUUAAAGAUAAUCAAAACUCAAACAUCAAUCGCGUGGGAGAACUCGUGGCUGUUCUUCUGCAUCAAUACUACUUACUUCAAAAGCGAGAAUUGAAAGUAAAGGUCGGAGAACCCGUUUUCUGUAAACUCGGAAAAAAGGAUAAGAAAGUGGACAUUGAGUUCAACGCACCGUCAGUUAUGAGUGAGUGGCGGACACUUCCAAUUGAACAAAUAGUACUGAAGAUUUCCGUCUCCAAUACCAAACUUCAGUUUCUCCAAGAAUUCCUUGUUAUCCAUGAGUCAAACCUCGACUACAAAGCUGUCGAUCACAUUCUCUUUGGGAGUAAACCAGUGAACCAUUUCCUCGUAGUCGAGAACAGGCGAGAGAUCGAAGCGAUUGAGAUAUGCGUUCAACAGCUUCUGGACUUUCUUGAUAUCCUUUGUUUGCAUUUUCCUAAAGCCUGUGAUUUUGAUAUCCUCUGGAAGUUUAUAGAGUUUAACAGUUCUCUGAAGAGUCAUAUUGCGGCUCAAGUGCGAGAACUUUAUUUCAAUCAAUUUCUUAGGAUUGAUAGAUCGGUGCCAAUAGCGACAGGUGCCCACAGGUUUGGGCAGAAACACACCGGCGGUGUAGACGGCCUGGAAUAUGCCGGUCAGGUUCACCCGACGGGUGAUCUCUCGGAUCAAAACGGGUGCCAUUCGUUUGGAGCGCAACUUCUUGUGGACGCAAAGGAAACCUUAAUCCUGGCGGGAAUGGCGCUAAUAAAUCCAACCAUUUUGUUGCUCUUCUGGACUCUGACGCCGACGUGCCAUUCCUUCUGCCAAUUGGGAGGCUUUAGAGCCCAGUGA